UGUGGGGGAAGCACCAUAAAUUCAUUGUUGUAAGGAUUCUUGCGUUUGGAGCUCAUUCAAUGUCUGCGUUUCACAAGCCGAGCAUCUGCUGGUGCAACUACCAGUCAAAUCCGUACAAGCAGAUACAUCAGAAGAUACGAAAUUAUUGUGCGCUAAAUAGAAAAAGUUCUGGGAGUCUAGCUAAAUUUCAGAGCUCCCAAAAUAUAUUGCUUAAUAAUGGAGCAAAGGUGCCACAACUCAGCGAUAAAGAGAUUUACGAAAUUUGCUGUAGUAGCAAGAAACGAAAUUCAAUUCAUUGUAAGAAGAAGGAGGAUAGUGAUUGGAUAGAAAAUAAAUAUUUUUCAUCUGAAAUGGAAGACAAAAAAAAUCAUGUACCGGGAAAACAAAAGAACAUGAGAAAUCCUGCUAAAAUGGGAGGUGAAACAAUUAACCCAUACGCAGUAUCAAUAUCAAUAGCUAAAAGACCACAAGCUUCGGGGAAUCGCAAGAGCCCCUUUUCAAGACCCUCCCUUCAAUUUAAAUUAUCUGAAAGCACAUCUUUUAAGUAUGAAAAACAAAAUGCCCAACAAACUACUAUCCCCAAUAAAAAUCCAAAAGGGUACGAGGAAAAUGGAAGAAAGCUUAAAGAAAACGGACGUGGUCAGGAUUCAAAAAAGUAUGACACUAUUAAACAAAAUCGGAAUAAUAAACGGAAAGGUGUGGACAAAUUUCAGCAAAAAAUGGACUUUAAGAAAACUCAAAGUGCUCGACGGACCCAUCGAUUUGAAAAAAAGAAAGAUAAUCAUUAUCGUAACGCCUUCGAACCCCAGAAAGCAACUGAAGAAACGAAAAAGCCCAAAUCAUUUUCUGAAAAUUCAGAGCAAGCCCUGUUUAACCAAUUUUCCAAACAAAGGGCAUCCAAGAGCAGUCUGAGGAGAACAGUGGAAGUGGACACAUCCGUGGGUAUUUACCGGAAGGCAAAGAAGGACAAUAAGUCUGAAAUGAGCUCAAAACCCUAUAGCUCUUUGAUUGGGAAGGUUAAUCAAGAGGUGUCCGAAAACUUUACGACACUGAGGAGUAUGCACGAAUUGAAAAUUCCAGAAGUACGUACUUCAGACCGGAUAAAAACUUCAGCUCCGUACACCGAGACCUUUGAUAAAAUGCUCGAGGGUAAGGCUAACAAAAUUUCAGAGUUUCAUCCAAUUCUAAAGUCAUCUAAUCGGCUUGGACAUUCCUCCAAGUUUUCCUGGGCAUCCAAAAAAAAGCUAAAAGGCAGGAGCAGGACUGAAACAAGUACGUUUGAUAAACUUUUAAAUCACAGCGAUAUGGCGAUGCCCGAACAUCAUCAUUUCCUAAGGAGCAGGACUUUAUUGAAUUCCAAAAGAGACAAGAAGGAAACCACAGGAAAAUCUAAGCCAGAUAAAGAUCUAGAGCCAGGUUAUGGACUCCAUGAUAGCAAAACCUACAGAAAUAUGAAAGGCGAUAAUAGGAAAGAAAAUCACUCAAAACCAUUUGGACAAAUGCUAAGUGGCAAGGAAAAGAUCAUACCAGAGCUAAACCGGGCUUUGACCAGCCGUUUUCGAAUAAAUCAUGACGAAAAAAGCACAAAUAAUUCGUUCUGGAUGGAGCAGGAUCCCAUAAUGUCCACGUCCCUUUAUGGGAAUUUACCAAUUGUCGAGGAGCCUGUAGUUUCGCAGUCAUCUGAGAAAGUAAUAAAACCGAAACAGACCAAAGUUAUGCGGCCCUAUCAGCAAAUAUCUGUUAUAAAAAAGCCCGAAAUUUUGCAAGCUAUUGGGAAAUAUUCUGUGGCCAAGGAAGCGGGAGCUCCAAAAAAAUCGGGUACAAUUCCGUUGGCUGGGCCCAAAAAAAGAAAGUCCCAGCCUCAGAGCACAAGCCGAUCUCGUACAUCAAGUGAGUUCUCUUCCGGAUCAAUUUGUUCUUUGAGGAAACGCUUUGCCCCCACUCCUGGACGGAAGAUAAGACUUAAGAAAUUCUUUUACUACAUACAGAAUUCAAUGCCAGAUCGGAAAAUAAUAACCCAGAUGAACUCGAAGAAUCCAAUUUCGUAUUUGAAAAGCGAGAAGAACUCUUACUAUGGCAGGAGUCCGAGUCAGACGUCAUCGGAUAGGUACCAACCAUCUUUAGGAUCGAUAAUCAGCACUGUGAGCAUUGCCCAAUCUUUGAUACCUAAGCUACAGAAAGAGCACAAAAAGGAUGAACCGCAUGCGGAUGCGGACGCACACUUGUUCGCGACCUUUCCAGAGGACUACGAUCCAGUUGAUGGCAUAAAAAGGACAAUGAACGACAUUAUAGCCGGUGUGGCAAAGGAAGAUAAAUUCCAUGAGAAAACCCAUAAGAAAUCCCAGUCGCAGCGGGCCAAGAACAAGUCCAGGAUGCAGGAAUAUGCAUUGGAAGCACAUGGAAAUGUCGUGAGCAUCCUAUCCCUGAGGAGGACGAGCCAGGAGGUCAAAAACCGAGAGAGUCAAGCUGUCAGGGAUUUGCAUUUUCGGGAACAAAUGCGGGAGUCUUUCUACGCCAACGCAAGACCCUCUGUGCAGGCACGGAUCGAUAAACUGAUGAAGGAGGUUGCUAUCCGCGACGACUUUCGACCCAAAAAGAAACCACGCGAUUUUGUGACGGAAAAUAUAGUCAGGCUAAGUAAUAUGCAACCGACUAAAGGAUCCCAGGCGGUGGAUGAAGUUAAGCCGCAAAGGAAGUACCCCUCUUUGCUUAGGAUAUUGGCACCAAACGAAGAACCUGUCCCCAAGAUUUCCGAGGAAAAGAUGUCACCGGAAAUGCAUCCGCGGAAACCUGUUAGAAUACGUCUAUAUUCCGACAAAAUCUGGAGGGACCAAAUGGAUAUUUAUCAAUCGGAAAUGAACAAACCGCCUCCAGAUGCCAAAGUCUGUCGCCUAAGUGAUAGGAAAAAAUGUGAUUGCUAUCUUUGCAAAUUGCUUUUGAAGGGCAAAAACCAACAUGAAUCCAACUUUAUGAAGAAAACAAUGGCACAAAGGCGUCGAUUGGAACUCCGUUCGUAUUAUCUUGAGUUACGGAAAAGGGAAAGGGAUCGGGAGAUGUACUCCCCUAAGAUUUGCUGAACUAAAUGAUACUUAGAAGCAA